AUGCCUAAUAUGUCAAAAAUGACAGCUCCUGUAAGACAACUAACCUGUAAUAAUGUAGACUGGACUUGGUCAUCAAUUCUUGAAAAUUCAUUAAAAAGCUUAAAAGAUGCUGUAGUGAAUGCUCCUAUAUUACAGUAUUUUGACACUUAUAAAGAAGUUGUAAUACAGUAUGAUGCUAGUAAAGACCUAAAUUAUAUUUUCUUGGAUGACUGUACAAAAAUAAUCAUUAGCUUAUUUAUAAAUCAGCUAGCUUUCGAUAGCCGCUAUCACAAUCACUACACCUUCGAAAAUAAUUGCGAUAAACUUUCAAAUUAG